UCCCUGCUUCGUUGCCCUAUUUGCUUCAUUCCUACCUCCUCUCGUCUUCCACACAAAGUCGGUGUUGGUGAGCACUUGUGACUCCUUUUCUUCUCCGUCAUCUCAGGCUAUUUAAUUUUUCAUUCUCUUGAAGGAGGUGAUAAUGGCAGCUGUGGUGUCUGAAGCUUGCAAAGAUGUUGCAUCCAUAGCAUCAUCUGGUUGGGACUUCAGCUGCAGUGACUUCGAAGUGGAUUAUGGUUCGGAAGAACAUGCAACCAUUGUCCAUGAAGCAUUAGCAGUUGAUCAAGAGUUGCAACCGGACAAGGUUCGCAGGCAUACAUCUGUUUCUGAUGGCAAACUUAUUGUACGCUUUGAAGCAGUGGAGGCUAGAUUUCUUCGGGCAUCAUUCAGUUCAUUUAUAGAUCUCGUCGUCUUAGCAACAAAACUCAUUGAAGAAUUUAGUCCUCAAAAUUAACCUUCAGCAAGGAGACUGUCCAUCAGAGUGACAAGUCUUCAAUUUCUCUAACAAAUCAAGAGAAGUGGCAAGAUCUUAUUAUCCUUUAUUGUGUUGUGCCCAUUGUUACUGUUUGUGAUUAUGGAUCAAGUAAAAAUUUUACUUAUGGUAUAUAUAUUUGCAUUCAUCAUUGUGCCAUGACAAUUACAGUAUCUGUUCAGAUGGUGAAACAUUUUUUUAAUGCUUUAAUUGA